UCAAACAAACGGUGCGCCACUGGCGAGGGGGAUCCAGAACCAUUUCGAAAGUAAAAAUACUGCGCGACCCGGGAUUUUGUUUGUACGGUUCGGUGAGGGUAAAAAAGCCGAGGGCCAGGCCGUUGGUGUAGUCGGGGUAACGCGGUGUCGCGCGUAAAAUGACGUAGAGUGUGCGUGGAUAGGGUGUGCCGCGCGCGGUACGAGAGGUUGUGUGAAGCGGAAACGGUGUCGCGGUAGUGUAGGGUCGGCGCUGCUCGUAGCUAUCGGUAGCGUACACGGGAAAUUGGCCGUGGCUUCGCCAAUGGAUGCCAGGCAGGAGGAGACGCCAUUUUGAUAUACGGGCGCACGUCAAGCAAGCGUUCAGCUCUAAGGGAAACGGCAGUGACGAGAAGUCGGUUCUGCAGCCGCGUCCGGUCGAAUAAGUUGUUACGGUCCGGUUGAACGGGCAUCGUGUGUAAUACGUGUGGCGUGACGCAAACGUAUCCCGGAGCGAACGUUUCGUUGACAAGUGACAGGUGAAUCGAUCGCGGGCCCGCGAGGAAAGUCGCGUUGCGGCCCCCGUGUGCCCGUGUGCCCGUGUAAACGCGGUGGUUCGGCUCUCUCUCGCGGCGGUCGAUCGGUAGUGACUACACUCUGUGCGUGAUACCCGGUAUACGUAUACGUAUACGUAUACCUAUAACGUAUAUACGUAUAUACAUGUACGUCUAGCGCUAACGAGGAUUCGGAUUUUUCCCCACGCGUGCCGAAGCGAGUGUUCUCAGCUCGGUGCCUGUCGAGUGUCGACGAGGGACACGCACGGCACGCUAGUAAUAGUGACUCUCGUGUAUAUUGGUGCGCCGAUCCGAUCCGAUCCAAUCCGAUCCGAUCCGAUCCGAUUCGAUUCGAUUCGAUUCGAUUCGAUUGUCUCGGGGUGGCGGUGUGUGUAAGCCAACAGCAAGCAGCAGCCACAGACAGGAACCGACUAAAGGAAAAACCAAGCCGCCGUUUCGUUUUCGCGCGCGCGACAGAGAGGCCACCGGCCCGACACUUCGGGCCAGGACAAGACGACCCGAUGUCGGGAGCGGGUCGCGACCCCGUGUCGACCCGCGGUCGUCCUCGUCCUCGUCCUCGUCCUCGUCCUCUGCUAUCCACCUUCUCGUUCUUCUCUCUCGUCGCACCAGGACGCUCCUGGCGUAAAUGUGCUUUCGUGAGCGCCCAUGUGCUGCCAAGCCUAUUUCUCUGCCUGCUGCCCCUACGUGCCCUGUAAACCCAGAGCACACCCCGAUUAGCACGCCCACGCACUCUAUCGCUCGCGAAUAUGGCCAAGAUCCUCAACAAGGACCCCGUCACCUACGAGAGGGAGAGGGAAAACUUCCUGAAGGACCUCCGUCACUUUCAUGAGACCAGAGGGACUUCGUUCAAGAAAUGCCCAAAAAUUAAUGGAAAAGAUAUAGAUCUGUACUUGCUGUACGUGGUUGUAACUGCCCACGGAGGAUGGAUAAAGGUUAAUUCCAGAAACGAGUGGAUAUCGCUAUGCGAACAAUUCCAUCUACCUAACGGCUGUGUCAACAGCGGGGUUGGCCUUAAACAAAUUUACCUUAGGUAUCUGGACAGGUACGAGAAGGUGCAUUUCCUAGGAGAGGACGGUCAGCAAGCCGACGACGAUGACGAGGACUCCAGACACAGAAAAUGGUCUGCCAGGGCAUUACACUCCGUUCCUCUUACUUAUAAUCAUCAUCAACAUAAUGUCGCAGAAUCUCUUCGUGAAUACAAUGGGCUUUCGUCGGACCUCUACAAGCCGUGCAACUACGAUAAGCUUGCACUCUCUCUGCUCUCGCCGCUGCCCAACGAGCAGGACUUUGCCAUCAACGUUUGCACGUUGCUGUCGAACGAGGGCAAACACAUCUUGCGUCUCGACAAGUAUCCCCGUCUCGUAAACAUUCUUCUGGCCCAUGCUGGUGUGUUCGACUCGCCGGGCACGCGGCAGCUCUUCAUCGAGGUCUACUCCCGCGUAAGGAAUUACUCGAUCAACUCCUUCUGGUCGGACGUCCUCGACUCUCAGGACGUGAUAGAUCUUACGAACGAGAGGACGUUCAUGAAGAAGCCAAACGCCAGUCCGCAGACCUUUUCCAGGCGGAAAAUCUUGGAGAAGGAGAAGCAGAACAAAAGUGCCGCGCCAACAGAGAACGAUGAGGCCUCUACGUCGAUGGACAUCGACGGGGUGCUUCCAGACUGUCCAAGAUUGGAUCCGAUCGGAUCUCUUCAGGAUGAGAAUUUGAGAGAUCUGAACCAAAACUCCAUAAAGUUUGAGGAAGAGGACAGAGAUUUGUUUUGCGUUGGACGAACGCUAGGAACGCAGGAUCCUUAUGGGCAACGCGUGCUGCAAAUUGCAUCGAUUUUACGAAAUUUAAGUUUCACCCCAGAGAAUGCCGCUGUAUUGGGAAGGAAUCGGUGUUUUCUGAGAUUCGUAUUACUGUGCGUGAGAGCGAGGUGGAGUAAUUUGCAUCAACUUGGCUUCGACAUACUUGGGAACAUAGCAAACGAAAUAAUCUUAAAAGAGGCUGGCGAAAGGAUAACGGAUGUCGUGUUGUCGUGUGUGGCCAAGGGAAUUGAAUCCCAAGACAGGUUUAUCGUUAUUUCCUGUUUGGAGGUGCUUAAUAAAAUUAGUCAGCAAGACAGCAACGAAGAAAUCGUUACGUUUGGAUUACAGGACAAUGUUUAUGAACUUAUAUGCAGGUUUUUAGCUCUGAACGACAUAGCUCUUUUAGUGUAUACAUUGGAAUGUUUGUACGCGUUGACUUCUUUGGGUGAAAGGCCAUGUACUAGCGUCGCGCGGGUACGCGGAGCUAUCGACACGUUAGUCGCCCUAGUAACCGUAGAAGCGCAAAGCUACGGACCGAAAGCUUGUAUUUUGAUGAGAGUGAUCGAAACAGUGUCCACUGUAGCGGCACCGCCAAACACUACUCAAAACACUCCGGUUACCGCUGCUGCUCCAGCUGUAACAGUGUCGGCGUCUGUACCAACUACUCCAGCAACGAUUACAGCGUCGCCAGCUCCUGUUAGCCCAGCACCGUCGCGACCAACCACGCCAGCUGCGACUUCGACAAAGUCUACAACGCACAAAGCAGUGGAGACAAACAAUUCCCUUCAACAGCAACAUGCACACCAACAAAUCAUACAGGAAAACGAGCAAUUUGCUCUAGGUUGGUUGAGAGCUACCUUUGAACCGGUACCAGGUGUACGCAUAGAACAAGAAGAAUUGUACAAAAAGUACCUCGGUUGUUGCACAAAAAUUGGCAGAAGAGGGGUUAUCGCUCCUCUCCAUUUUCCAAGAUGUGUUAGAUCUGUAUUUGGUGGAACCGUUGGACCAAACCCAUUGAAAGGUGAAACAACUGGUACUCAGUAUUACGAAGGAAUCAGAGUACGGGCCACACCUCCCCAAGUAACUUAUCCGAGCCAAACUGCGGUUGGGACUAACACAGCUCCAAUUCCAGCAAUCAACGCAACUCCAGUAAAGGUGCUUCCCGUACAACAGCGUACAAUCAAGAGUAUAAGUCCUGCUCCUGAUAGCACGGCCCUAGACAAUCCUGCAUCUGGGCCUCAAAGAACCCUUGCCCCAGCAUCACCCAUCCUGAAAGCCCAAUUAUCUGCCCCACCGAAACCACCCUCCACUACUUCAAACAUUUCGAAUCAAUCCCAAAAUCCAGUCACCAAGGUUGAUUCUAAAAGUCAGGUGUCGGUAUCGCAUCCUCAUCUGAGUCAAGCGUUGCUGUCUAGUGGAUCCCAAACGCAAACGCAACCGCAACAGCAACAGCAACAGCAACAGCAACAGCUGCAGCUGCAGCAAGUACAACAACAAUCUCAAACUGUCCAGGUAGUUGCAAAGGAAGAUAACCGAAGUGGUACCACAUCCAGUUCCAUAAUAAAAAGCCUUCUGGCUACUAAGGUAACGGUCAGCAGCGACUGCAUGCCCAGUACUGCUGCGACUUGUGUGUCUACCCCUACUGCCUGUGUAACAAACACUACUGCUAGCAUCGCAUCCAGCAUCAGUGCCAACCAGCUAAUAACCAGCAACCAGGUAGCACAACGCCAACAACAACAGAGGUUACUGCAACAACAGUUAACCAACGUAUCACAGCCAUCCUCGAAUACAACCACAUCAACAAUACUCCCAAAGACUCCCAUUAACUCGAAACAAAAGCCAGCUAUUAUUACACCCAUUCCUGCCAAAAAGAUACAAAGGCUUAACGGAGCCAAAUUUAUUAUGACUAAUAACUGCGACAAGACUGAAAUAAAUGAUAAUGAAAAUGUCAACCAAAUCGCAACAUCGACAACUGCUUCCACCGUGGUUAUCAAUUCGACGGAAAAUCACAUAUCGUCCACAAUUAAAGUAUGUCGGCCUCCAACAACAAUUACAACCACCGCGAAUAAGACAAACCAACGUACCACUUGCACGUCGAUCGCCGAGGACUCGGACUCGACCAACAAUUCUUUGGCGUCUAGUAGCGGUAUAGGUGGCAGCAGGGAUUGCUCCGGCGUUGGCGUCGAAGAAGAGAAUUCUCUGACGAGUUUCGAGGGAAUCCUCUUAAACGGUGCGCCGAGUAACAUGGACAUAGACGUACAGGAGGACGGAUCCUCGAAAGACUCGUCUAGCGUAACCUCUAAAGAGAAGCCGUUGCAAAGUAUGAUGCUUGCGGAUCUGCUAGAGAGAAAGGUCGAAAAAGAGCCCAUCUUGAACGGUGUUCUAGGGAAGAAUUCAAUCAACGAGAAAGGAAUGGAUCUGGUAGAGAACCAUAUCAAGAAAGUGUUAAAAGAAUCUCCAACCGACAUUAAAGUAAAAUCGGAGGUAGAAGAAGGUAACGUUAUACAAACGGAGGUGUCCGAGGACGCUCUGAUCGAACCCCCAAGGGGAAUGAAAAGGGCGGCCAGCGAGUGUGACGAGAUAGACGCGAAGAAAUUAAAGUAUUCCAACGGUACUAUGUCGCCGGAUCCUGCUGUUGACUCGACGACUGCCGAAUCUACUGUCUCGAGUAUAAAGUCUGAGGAACAGGACGACGACAAGGACAGCGAAAAGGCGACCGUCUCGUCUACGGCUGCGAAUCUUUACGCUGCCCUGGCUGCUGACUGUAUAGAAGACGAAACCGACCUUGACGAAAAUGUAAAUGUGAAUGUGAAUGUGAAUGUGAAUGUGAAUGUAAAUGUGAUCAAGGAAGAACCUACGAUAAAGGAAGAACCUCAUAUAUUCGUCAAUCAAAUCAACCAGCAACAGCAACAACCGUCGCAGCAGCAAGCGCAACAACAAGCGUUGCAACAACCCCAACAACAAUCGUUACAGCAGCAGCAAACAACGCAACAUCAAUUGCAGCAACAGGCUCAACAACAACUGCACCAGCAAGCUCAACAACAACUCCAGCAGCAGGCGCAACAACAACUCCAACAACAGGCGCAACAGCAACUCCAGCAGCAGGCGCAGCAACAACUUCACCAGCAGCAGCAGCAGCAGCAGCAGCAACAACAACAACAACAACAACAGCAGCAGCAGCAGGCACAGCAACUACAUCAUCAGCAACAGCUGCAACAACAUCAACAGCAACAGCUGCAACAACAUCAACAGCAACUGCAACAACAGCAGCAACAUCAACAACAACUUAUCGUCGCGGCUCCCAGGCAGAUAGUAGUACAGCAAACGUUACAACCCAACAAUCAAGUGAUCAUACCAACUUCCGCGGUAAAGGGAAGACAAACGCAGUCUCAGCCGCAAGUUCUCUUGCAGCAAGGAGCCGGUGGUCAGUUACAGUAUGUUGUUUCUGGCGGGGUUCCUGGUCAAAAUUACGUUUUGGCUCAACCGCAGACGACGCUGGUUCAGGGUCAAGCGCAGACCGUUUUGGUGGCUCAAACGACCCAACAGCAGGGAACGGGCGCGAAAACGAUUAUUAUCUUGCAACCUCAAACGGCUGCUCAGCCUACUCAGCAAAAAAUGGUGGCUGUUACGCCUCAGGGACAGCAAGUGGUCGUCACGCAAGUAUCGCGCCCUAUUCUGCAGAGUCCUGCUCUGGGGAACAUACCGCCGCCGUUGGUUCCAACGUCGGGCACAAUUCCACAAGCUUCCAUAAUAGUGAACAGUUCGGUAGCACAAACAAAUCCAAACACAGUGACCGUCACGAUCCCUGCGAUGGCUCAACAGACGCCCGUGUCGACGAGUGUGCCGUCUAGAGUCGUGACGCCUACUCCCGCGUCGACGCCACCGCCUACAAGACCAACGACCCCCCACCAAGCUGCUGCCACGCACGGAUUGCCAACGAAACAACCAGUUAAAGUUAUAAAGACUGUCAGUUCCUCAACCUCCACGGAGCCGGAAUCUAAACCGUCUACGAGUCAAAAUCUGCCGGAGAACAAGACUAUCACUAUCAAAAUCGAUCCCAAUGCCUAUUUAUGCGAGUGGCGGGGAUGCUUGAGGCAAUUCAAGACACCACACGAAGUUUACCUUCACGUGUGCGAGGCGCAUUGUCCAACCAGCGGAGAAGAAAUAUUGUGUCUUUGGGCAAGUUGCGAUGCCUUGAAAAGGCGUAGGUUUUCGUUAAUGACGCACUUGUACGAUAGGCACUGUAACGCAGACACCAUGUCGAUGAGAAGGAAGCAGUUGACGGUAACCGGGAAAACCGAAGUUUCCACGUCGACGACACCGACUCCUCAUCAUCCUGGCUACGCACCGAAUGCAGCAUUCCAUGCAAUUAAACGGCACGCUUUGGAGUUCGUGAAUCCGAAGGAAUUGAUGCAAAGGCCGACCAAGCCCGCUGCAGCCACCACAAGCUCUUCUUCCCCCAGACCUGGGCAAAAUCCGCCACCAGAACAGGACGACAACGAAGGUCCAGUGACCAAAAGUAUUCGCUUGACAGCAGCUCUUAUUCUCAGAAACCUAGUCAUAUAUUCAACACAUGGCAGAAGGCACCUUAGAGCGUACGAACCACAUUUGGCAGGUGUGGCAUUGAGUAACGUGGAAUCAUCGAGAACAAUCGCACAAGUUUUGUACGAUAUGAACGAUCAAUGUACCAGUAGCCAUAGGUGACCUCUCGAACCAGGCCUCUAAGAGAAAGCUCUUUAAUGUUGCGAGCAGCGAUCAACCUGUUUAUUUUGAAUCUUAGUGUAAAGUGAAAGAAAAAAAAAAAAAAACAAACAGAGAAGUAAUAUCGUAAGGUUAACGAGAUUUACAAUCGUGAUUGCAAUGAAAGAACUGUGUUUGUGCGUUUAAAACCGAGAAGGAAGGAACGGUCAAGAGAGGAGAAAGUACUAAGAGGAAGAGGAUGACACGGCAAUGUUCCAUAUUAUUAAAAGAGGCCUAUAAACUUACUAGGCAAGCCGAUUUGCCGAUUUAGACUAUAAUAUAAUGUACUGUAAUUAGUAACCACGAACGAAAGACAGUAGUUGAAGUGACGCGGAUUCAGUGAUAAUGAAAAAAAUGAAAAACAGAAAACGAGAUAAUAUUUCAAAUUUAAUAUUAAUAUUUAUUUUCUCAACAUGAAGCGGAAGAAAUGUUUUUAGUAAUCGUGUACAAAAAAAAAGGGCGAAGAAAAUACUUUAUGGACGUUAUAGUUAAUUACAAUCAAUAUUAUAUUAUUAUAUUAUAUUAUUAUUAUUAAUUAUUAUUAAUAUUAUUAUUAUUGUAUGUUUUUCAUAAGUCACCAAGAAAACCUAGAUUGUAAAGAAAUCUUUUUAUGAAAUGUAUUUGCCAGGAAUUUAUCUUUCUUUUUUUCUCUCUUUUUUUUCUUAUAAUUGCAUAUUGCAAUUACAUGUCUAUAUUAUCGUC